CCCGCCAAUGCUGACUCUGACUGCCUGACUGGCUGACUCCCCCUCCCCCGGGCAAGCAAAGCAAGCUCCCCUCUCAACAGGAAGAGAGGCUUGACCUCCCUCGCGGACUGCGGCCAAGAACCGAGACUCGCCCCGCGAGGCACGGGACGGGAGCAUAGCUGGAGGCUGGAGCUGCGCCCCGGCCCGUCGACCUCACCUGCCUCCGGCAUCCGAACCCACCCGGCGCGGGCAGCAGCUGCUGCGCGCGUAUAAGCCGCGAUCCGGAGAGUCUGUCAGCGGUGGUGCCUUUUGCCGAGAGCCAAACAAGACGGAAGUUUUGCUCUUGUUAAAGCUGAGAAGAGAAGUCUACUCUACUGGGACACCAGAAAAGAUCUUUGAGCGCGUCUAGAUUCCGGGCAUCGCGACGAGGACGCGGCGGGGAUGAGGUGCUGAUCGAGCUCAGUUGCAGAUAGCGCAUACGACGCCAUGCUCUGAAAUCUCGAGGCAGCACUGCUACCGUCUGGCAGAGGAGUUCGACAGAGAUGCCUCCGAACGCGAAUGGCAGCUUCGACGGGCAUGAGAUCAUCGAGGUCGUCGGCCACGGCGAGCCUGACAUGCCGUCCGGGACAAUGAGGCUGAUCGACUUCAUCCCCAUCGAUAUCUACAUCCCGUCAGUGGAGCAGGGCGCGCUGAGCAAGAGCCGGCGCAAGCGGCGGUUCUUGGACUUCCUUCGCGCCCACCCAUCCAAGGACUGGUUCCUCCGCUCCACCUUCGUCGGCCGCCUCCGCCGGAGGAGGAGCAACAACCAGGAGUCGGUUGACUCAGACGACGGCGACGGCGACAGCGGCGGGCGCCGCCGCCCGCGGAGGCGGUUCCGCGUGCCGUUCGUGCGGAAGAUCAAGUGGGCCAAGCUGUGGACCUACGCGGUGAGCUGGUGCAGGAAGCCCGAGAACUUCGCGAUGAUCAUCUGGCUGGCGUUCGUGGCCGCGGGUUUGCUGCUGCUCUUAAUGCUCAUGACGGGCAUGCUCGACGACGCCAUCCCCGACGACGAGCGGCGCAAGAAGUGGACGGAGGUGAUCAACCAGAUCCUCAACGCGCUCUUCACCAUCAUGUGCCUGUACCAGCACCCCAAGAUCUUCCACCACCUGGUGCUGCUCCUCCGGUGGCGCCCCGACGGCGACCGCGAGGAGAUCAGGAAGGUGUACUGCAAGGACGGCGCCGCGCGCCCGCACGACCGAGCGCACAUGUUCGUCGUGGUCAUCUUGCUGCACGUCACCUGCUUCGCCCAGUACUACUGCUGCGCCCUGUUCUGGAGCUACACGAGCAAGGACCGCCCGGACUGGGCGCUCAACAUCGGCUACGGCCUCGGCACGGGGAGCCCCGUCAUCGCCGGCCUCUACACCGCAUACAGCCCGCUUGGACGGAAGGAGCCCGACGCGGAGGAGUCGACGGCGGCGGCGGCGGCUGAAGGCGCUGCUGCGGCGCAGGACCACAGCAGCCGUGCCGAGAACGGCGACGUGGAGAUCAAGAUAUACAACCGUCGCGUGGUGGUGAGCAGCCCGGAGUGGAGCGGCGGGCUGUUCGACUGCUGCGACGACGGGACGGUGUGCGCGCUGUCGGCGACGUGCACCUUCUGCGUGUUCGGCUGGAACAUGGAGCGCCUCGGGUUCGGCAACAUGUACGUGCACGCCUUCACCUUCAUCCUGCUGUGCGUGGCGCCGUUCCUCAUCUUCAGCGUGACGGCGCUGAACAUCCACGACGACGACAUCCGCGCCACGGUGGUGGGCGUGGGCGUGCUCCUGGGCUUCUGCGGCUUCCUCUACGGCGGGUUCUGGCGGUCCCAGAUGCGGAAGCGCUACAAGCUCCCGGGCGGGCGCUCCUCCGCCAGGUGGUGGUGGUGGUGGUGCGGCAGCGCGGCCGUGGCCGACUGCGCCAAGUGGCUCUUCUGCUGGACCUGCGCGCUGGCGCAGGAGGUGCGCACCGCCAACUUCUACGACGUGGAGGACGACCGGUUCGUGGCCGUCGUGGGCGCGCGCAACGGGGAGGGCCGCCCCGUGCUUGUGCCGCUCCCGCGCGAGGCGUCCACCACGACGCACACACGGAGCAUGUCGUGCCCGCCCUUGCUGGACGACGCGGCGCGCGGCGGCGGGUUGACGAGUCCGCUGGGACCUGGGACGGUCCAAGCCGCUGUCAUGGAGAGGUCGGCCACGUACCACCCCAUGAGGCCACCGCUGCCUCCACUGAUGCAAACGGAGCGAGAAGACUAGGACCGACUGUAGGCAUGCACUCCACCUUUGUACUCCAACGGUAUAUAUAGUACCUACUAUAUUGCAGCUGUGUACUGUGUACCAUAAUACUAGUGUAGAGUCAUUUUGGGAAUUAGCUACUUCUGUAGUUCUCUUCGUAUACAUAUAAGUUUUAUUUUUCAUU